AGUUUAUCAGCAUUCAACUUCUAUAUUUUAAACUUUUAAUAUGCUGUCAUGCAAUACCUUAUGAGUAGCUUAAAGAUAUGAAUAUUCAUGAGUGUGUUCUGUCAGUGGUUACAGAGGAGGAGCUCACACAAGCAUUGAAAGAAGGGGAGGAGCUUGUUUCCCCUCCAGGCCCCACCCCCACCAGCUCAACCAAUGGCCUCACAGAAGCCGACUCAGAGGCGGAUCCUCUGAACUACAGCAUGGAGGAAACCAAUAAGAUUCGAGCUCAGCUGGGAAUGAAGCUGCUGCCCAGAGACAAGUUCCCAUCGCUGUCGUCCCCACGAGAGACCGGAGAUGCACCGAAGAGGAAGACUCACGCGCUGGAGGCCGUUCUCCUCCUGAUGAAGGAUCUGGACGUCGAGGAGCUAAAAAUCGUUCAGUCGGUCACCGAGAGCAAACUCCGAUCACGCAGUCGACGGAGAGAGCGAGAGAAAUCUCCCAUCUGCUCAUAAACACCAGCGGAAAACACUGACGACACGCUUAAACCAGCAGCCAGAGCUCCAUCUCACAUAUUAACAUUAAAACAUUGAAUCUGAAUCUGUUAUGCUCACGUCUAAACGCCUCGCUCGUGAUUGUUACCAAGUUGCCUUUUCCUGUUCAAAUUAAGAUGUUUUCUUAAUGUUUUGCUUUGUAAUGAUCUAAAUGAAGUGUAGCAAUGUUUUGUUGUGUUGAGAUAAUAUAUGAGAAUGUAUUUUUCUAUGUAAAUAAACUCGGAUGCAUAAGAAUAUUUAUUGUGAUCCUACAAAACUUUACAGAAUACUGUACACGAGUGAGCUGCAGAAACAGGAUUUAAAGGAACAGUUCACCCAAAAAUGACAUGAUGCUGAAAGAUUAGGAUGAG